AUGAGCUUGAAAGAAGUAUUCGAACAACAUCCAUGGAGGUCAUUUAAGAAGUUCAAUGAAGCUGCAAAGAGUUGGGGAUUUACUAACAGAGCUGAAGUGAAAAGGUUCUUUGACAAAAAUGUUGUACAUCAAACAAAAAUAAACCCUUACGACUACUUUUUACCAAUUUACUCCAACACUCCUGACGCAUACCAAUUUGACACUCUCAUUCAAAGCAGAAAAGGAGGACAUAAACCAUUCCUCAUCUUCAUUAAUGUUAACACUCGUAAAGCAUAUGCAUAUCCAAUGAAAAAUAAAGGAACUCGUGAAGUGUUAAGAGUUUUACAAAAGUUUGUAGCAGAACAUAGCCCAAGUACUUUAACAUCAGACCAAGACAGUGCAUACCUCAGCAAUGAAAUCACAGAUUUUCUCAUUAAGCAUAACAUAACUCACUACACUACUGAAG